AUGGUUGUGAGUCAAAGUGUUGUGGGCAGAGCUAAUGCCGAAAAGCCACAUGGCUUGGUUGGUAUGCUCAAGAACCCCUAUGUCUUCGCAACUUGUGCAUUUGCCUCCUUGGGCUGUAUCAUGUAUGGCUACGAUCAGGGAGUCAUGUCCCCGGUGCUCGUCAUGGAGAACUUCGAAGCGCACUUCCCCACGUUGCAAAGCUCCACCCUGCAAGGGUGGCUCGUGUCGGCCUUGGAGUUGGGUGCCUGGGCAGGUGCGCUGUUCAAUGGAUGGCUUGCCGAGAAGAUCAGUCGCAAGUACAGUAUGAUGGUGGCGGUUGUGGUCUUUACUCUGGGUUCCUCUCUGCAGUCUGCCGCGCAGAACCCUGCGUACUUCUUCGCCGGCCGUAUCAUUGGUGGUUUGGGUAUUGGUAUGCUCAGUCAGGUCAUUCCCCUGUACCAAGCCGAGAUUGCACCCCCCGAGCUUCGUGGUUCCUUGGUUUCCUUGCAACAGCUCUCGAUUACCAUCGGAACCGCCAUUGCUUUCUGGCUGGAUUAUGGCAUGCAAUAUGUGGGGGGUAACAAGUGCAAUCCUGAGGGGGUCGCGGACCCCUAUCUCGCCGAUGGCAGCUUCAACUACAAGGCCGCCCAUGGUCACACCUGUUUGGGACAGAAGGCUAUUGCCUGGCGGUUCCCUCUCGCCCUCCAGAUCCUCUUUGCCUGGAUCCUCUUGUUUGGAAUGUUUUUCUUCCCCUUCUCUCCUCGCUGGUUGAUGUCCAAGCACCGCGAGGAGGAGGCAGUCGCAGCGCUGUCCAAGCUCCGAAGACUCUCUCCCGAAGAUCCCUUGCUCAAGGCAGAAAUCCUGGAAAUCAAGGCGGCUGUGAUGUUUGACGAAGAGUCCAAUGCCGAAGCCGUUCGGGCCGGCGGAAGAUGGGCUCCCUGGAAAGCCCUCUUCGCUGAGAACAUGCGCAAGCGACUCUUCCUUGGCUGUGGAAUGAUGGUCUUCCAACAGUUUACCGGUAUCAACGCCGUCUUGUACUACGCCCCCCAGAUCUUCGCAUCCUUCGGAUUUUCAAGCACCUCCCAAACGCUCCUUGCCACGGGUGUGACUGGCAUCUUGCAGAUCAUUUUCACCUUGCCUGCGGUACUCUAUCUCGACAAGUUCGGCCGAAAGACCUUUCUCAUCGUGGGUGCCAUCGGCAUGUUCCUCUGCCAUAUUGUCGUUGCUAUCGUGGAAGGUCUCUAUGAGAACUACUGGGACUUGAACGAAGGUCUUUACAAGGCUCAAGGAUGGGUGGCGAUUGUCUUUAUUUGGAUCUUCGCUACCCAGUUCGCAUACUCGUGGGGUCCGGUGACCUGGGUUUUGGCCCAGGAGAUCUUCCCGUCGAGCGCUCGCAGUCGUGGUGUCUCCAUUGUGGCUUCAACGAACUGGAUGUUCAAUUUUGUCAUUGGAUUGACCACUAAAGACAUGCUAAACUCGAUGAAAUACGGCACCUACAUCUUCUUUGCGAUCUUCAGUGGACUGGGCGGUGCAUUUAUCUGGUACUUUUCGCCUGAAACCAAGGACAAGACCUUGGAGGAGCUUGACGUCUUCUUCGGAGGAAAUAUGGAUAGCAUUGCCGAGGCCGACCGUCGUCGCAUGGAGGCAAUCUAUGAGCGUCUGGGCCUUGCCGGGGUCGAGAAGGUGGAGGAUUUGGACAACGAAAAGACCAAGGUACAGGGGGAGAUCGUUGAGAUGUAA